UCAUGAAGCUCCGCCCACUGUGGGCGGGUCCGCUAUUUGAGUUAGUCCGAUUGGUCAGCUAGACGUUUUCCGUUUAAAUCUUCUGCUUCACCCGGAAGUUGUAGAAAGUAAAUAAAGCACGGAGUUUAAACUUAGCAGCUAUCAAUAAUGCACCGAGUCAAAAAGUCUCCACUCUGUUAGGUAACAGAGAGAAUUCAGAUUAAUGUCGUUCACUAUGAAAGGAUCGGCUAAAAGCAAGGUGGUGACAUCAGGGAGGCUGACAGGAGGCAGAGUGGCCAGGACACGAGGGACCCCAAACCCAGUUCCAGCGGCCCCCCCUGAGCCAGCCUACUCUCUGUACUCUACAGACUCUGAAGACCAGGUCACUUCUCUCCAUCAGGGUCUGGAUCGCUGUGCUGCUCUGCUCAGCGACAUGCUUCGGACUGAGAAGGCAGAAGAAGCAUCAGCAGGACGUCCCAGAGUAGCUAAAUCCAGACCAGCUACCUUAUUAGGGAAGAAGCCCAUGAAGAGGUUCCCCACAAAGACAGACCAGAAGAGUCGUCAGACAGUCCAGCGUGGAGCAGGCAGCACCACCUUCAAAACUGAUCCAGUGAAGCUCCAUCCAACUCGGAAACAACCUCCAACCCUGCUGCAGUCUCGCCUCCCUCCGACUACCCCUAAACCCCAGCCCCAGACCUCCAUCCUGCCACCCCAGCCCCAGACCUCCAUCCUUCCACCCCAGCCCCAGACCUCCAUCCUUCCACCCCAGCCCCAGACCUCCAUCCUGCCACCCCAGCCCCAGACCUCCAUCCUUCCACCCCAGACCUCCAUCCUUCUGGCCCAGCCCCAGACCUCCAUCCUUCCACUCCAGACCUCCAUCCUUCCAGCCCAGCCCCAGACCUCCAUCCUUCCAGCCCAGCCCCAGACCUCCAUCCUUCCACCCCAGCCCCAGACCUCCAUCCUUCCACCCCAGACCUCCAUCCUUCCAUCCCAGACCUCCAUCCUUCCAACCCAGCCCCAGACCUCCAUCCUUCCACCCCAGACCUCCAUCCUUCCAACCCAGCCCCAGACCUCCAUCCUUACACUUCAUCCUCAGACCUCCAUCCUUCCACCCCAGCCACAGACCUCCAUCCUUCCAACCCAGCCCCAGACCUCCAUCCUUCCAACCCAGCCCCAGACCUCCAUCCUUCUACCCCAGCCCCAGACCUCCAUCCUUCCACUUCAUCCUCAGUCCUCCAUCCUUCCACCCCAGCCACAGACCUCCAUCCUUCCAACCCAGCCCCAGACCUCCAUCCUUCCAACCCAGCCCCAGACCUCCAUCCUUCCAACCCAUCCUCAGACCUCCAUCCUUCCACCCCAGACCUCCAUGUCUGCACCCCAUCCCUCCACCUCCACCCCUCCACCUCAGCCCCCCCCUCCUUCAGGCCAGCUGCCCCUCCCUCAGACUGUCUUCCAGGCUCAUUCUGAAGCUCCACACACACACUGUGACAGAGAAGAGGAGGAGUUUAUUCCUGUGAGAGACACUCACACACACUCACCAGUACACACCUGUACCUUGAAGUUGUCACACACACAGCUGGAGCCUGGACAGCCUGAGGACACACACGUGGGAGGGGACGGCAGUUCAGAGACAGAAGUGAGAGUGAAGACAGCUCAGUGUCUGCUGGGAGAACUCAAGGCUCUGAUGGCUGGACAAGGCAGUGUAGCAGAGAGGCUGCUCAGUCAUCUGGAGCAGUCUCUACCUCUGAUGAAUGUUGGUGGUUCAAACAUCCAGACUGAACCAGUCCUGCUCAGAGAGAACACUCAGCUCCGCAGGCGUGUGAGGAUUCUGAACCAGCAGUUGAAGGAGAGGGAGAAAGCAGAGAGGCACCAGAACACAGAGACACUCUGUAACUCAGCAGUGUCCUCUCUGCAGGAGGAGCUGACCGAGGCUCAGUCCCGACUGCAGGAGCUGCAGGACGACCUGACAGAACUACGGAGAGCCUUUGAGGACACACAGAGCCAGCUGACGGACAGAGAGGCAGAGAACGCUGCCAUGAAAACAGAGUUGGAGGCAGCUAGGAGCAGUUUGCUGGACAGUGAGAGAGAGAAAAGUGAGUUGGUCUCACUCUCCAAACAAAGACUGGAAGAGAUAGAACACCUGAACAGGAUUCUUCAGAAUCAGGAUUCAUCAGUGAUUGACACUGAACCAACAAAACAACAUUUGGGCCCAGCAGAGCCCUGCACGCACCGAAUCACCCAGUUCCUGAUGUCCCUGGAGCCCCCUGAGCCUGCAGAACGAGAAGAAAACACACUCGAGCGGAAGACUUCCGUCACGCUGAGCCAAAACUCUCAUUUUAACCUAUCGCAUGGUUCGUGCGGGAGGCGUCUGUCCCGCUGUGAGUCUGUGUCGUCUGAUUGGAGCGCGAGGUCGGGCUCGACCUUUGACACCAGAGACGAAGCUGCGUUCAGGGACGGCCUGGCAGCUCUGGAUGCUAGCAUCGCCAGUCUGCAGAGGUCUAUUCAACUGGAUCUGGGGAGGUGA